AUGCCCUUCUUCACUCCUAUCAAACGCCGCCGACAUGCCAAACCAGCACCGUCCAUGAACCUGGAUGCGUCUACUUCCACACCCUAUCCUCUCUAUCCCGCCCAUGCCCCUCAACCCCCUCCAUACCAACAUCAAUGGCCAUCGCAGUCUCGUCCUUAUCUGGCCUCCACACACUCUCUCCCUCCAACGGGACAUCAGAAUGCCUCACAGCCGCUGUACACCUCAAAUUGGUCGCCUCCAGAGGCCCAACUUCAGCCGAUUCAGCAGUCCAUUCCUGUCUACAGUCAUUCUGUUCCGCCGGCGACUGCAUUUGAUCUGCAUGCGAGAAUUGGGGACAAACUCGACGAUGUCAUCUCAUUGAUGGACCAGGGCGAGUUCUCUGGUAACGAGCGAGAGCUCGCCAUCACCUUACCUGAUUCUCCAGUCCUUGCGUAUUCCCAACCACGUACUCAUGAUCGGGAUGGGAGGAGGGCAAAUCAUCAAGCCAACAACAAGAGAACAAACAAUAAAAAACCGCAGCAAUCGAAGCAAUCGAAUCAAGUUAAUGUCUUUGAUAAACUUCAAUACUAUAUGAACUCUCGUUUGCCUGCGUCUUUACCACCUCUACGAGUCUACAUGCCCACAUAUCCUCUCUUAUGUCUGGCUGCUCAAUACUCUGCCAGUGCCUAUUAUACCCCGCAAUCGUCAUCAGAGCGCAAGGAUUAUGUCUCUGCAGACGGUCGGCUGGGUACAAAGGCAAUGGUCAUCAAAUCGGUCCCAUGUGAUGACAAAAAGACAAUUGUCUUCGCAAUUCGUGGCACAAGUAUGCUCAGCAUUCGCGACUGGGGCAUCAAUCUACAGACUGGCCCAGUAUCAGCUCGAGGAUUUCUUGACGACGAGGGUAAUCUUUGUCAUUCGGGUUUUCUCAAGGUCGCAAAAGCCAUGGUCAAACCCAUUGCAUCCAGACUCCGAACGCUACUGGAGGAGAAUCCGAAUCGGACAAGCUGCUCUCUCCUGAUCACUGGUCAUAGUGCAGGCGGUGCAGUUGCCAGUUUACUCUACGCCCAUAUGUUGUCCGAGUCUGUUCAAUCUGAACUCAACAUCCUGACUGGUUGUUUCAAGCGAGUACACUGUAUAACCUUCGGUGCCCCUCCAGUUACUCUCCUACCACUACAGAAACCAGACACUGCCGAUGGAAGAUUGAAGAAGUGUCUCUUCCACUCGUUUAUCAAUGAAGGCGACCCGGUUGUGCGUGCGGAACGUGCCUAUGUUAAAAGCCUUGUCGAUCUGCUCUCGCAACCUGUCCCCUCGGCUGACAGCCUUGCGCCGCUGCCCUCGAAACCUCCAAAGGCCUUGAAGUCCUCGACCUCUGCACUUAAUCUCCUCAGUGCUUCCGUAUCACGCCUAGAUCUUUCACUGAAUCAUGCAAAGAAAACCCCUCUUCAUAAGCUUUCAUGCUCUAAUCUCCAUCUUCCCAACGGUGUGGCUUCCAAUAAAAUCUGGUGGGAACCUCCUCCUGCAACACUGUCCAAUGCCGGACGAUUGGUAGUUUUACGCGUUCCCACGGGCGGAAGAACCGCGGACGUGACGGCCAGCAUCGUCAAAGAUGAUCAACUACGGCAAGUCAUCUUUGGAGAUCCUCUCAUGCACGCCAUGGACGUGUACGCCACUCGCAUCGAGGCUUUAGCUGUGCGUGCUGUCACUGGCCGAGGUGGACAACAUUGA